CAUAUUCAGACUCUGGUGACCUGGGAAGGUGACAAAUUGGUGGCCACCCAGAAAGGUGAGAAAGCCAACCGAGGAUGGAAACACUGGAUAGAAGAUGACAAACUUUAUCUGGAGUUGACAUGCGAGGAUGCUGUGUGCCAACAAGUGUAUAAAAGAAAAGACUGAAUUCUCAUGUGAUUCAAUGUCACAUUCAUUUAGCUACUCAACAAGUCUAUUAAAAUCAAGCUGUGUGUUAACUUUAGGCAUCACUGCUUUCUCAGUAGAUGAAAAUGACUCACAAUGUGACACUGUCAACAAGUUUGUUUUCUUCUGUCUAAAUAAAGAUAAUGAGACAAUAUGAAUUUUAUUUAUUGUAUAUAUAACUUAACCCAAGACUUGUAUAAGAUGAACACUUACUAGACUAAAUCAACUUAGGUUUAUCCAUAUAUAUAUAUAUAUAUAUAUAUUUAAAAAAGUGUUAAAAUGUGAGCAUCAAAUAUGAUCCACUGGGCUUUUGAUCUCUCAAUCAUUAUUGUAUUGGAUUGUAUUAUAUUUUGCCCCACACAAAUAAAAACUAGCUUUGAUCAAUA